UUUUUGGUUUGGUCUUAAAAUUGACCUGAUUAAUACCAAGAAUUGCUUAGGAAAAAUUUGGAUAACGAUAUGUUGCACUUGUUUCAGAAGUUUCACUUUGUGUUGUGCUGGUUAUUGCAUGAACAUCGAAGGCGUCUCAGCUUAGUUUCUUAGCCAUGGAAAACCUUAAUUCCAAACUAUGAAUCAACACUAUGUGCGUUGCGCGUGUGCAGUAUAGACCCAGACUGCUUGGAAAUAAGACAUUUCCUUAAACACAGUCCCAUUUCUGAGUGCGCUCACAAACUGUGCAGUCCCUCUCCUCUGCAAAUAUAUUCUAUAGAUCGUUUACCAAUAAACACCCAUUCUUGGCCAAGUUGCGCAAGUCAAUGACUACUAGUAAUUCAAUGCCGGAAAGCGGCGAUAAUUCUUCACCAAUGGACCAUCAAAAAUCUAUUGCCGCGUUUCUUGAAGCUGCCGAAAAAUUGAAAGAAUCGGGCAACGAGCAGUUCAAGUGUUCAAAUUAUUCAACAGCUAUCGAUACUUAUGCCGAGUGCUUAGCGCAGCUGAACUCACUGAAAGACUUGUCGGAAAAUGAGGCAAAGCAGUUGAAUGAUCUCCGGUUGUCGUGUCUGAAGAACAGUUCGGCAUGUGGACUGAAGUUGAAAGAUUGGACUAGAGCGGUUGAGUUUGCAACUAAGGCUCUGGACAUUGAUCCGAAUGACGCAAAGGCACUCUUCAGACGCUGUCAAGCCUAUGAGCAGCUGGAGAUGUGGAAAGAUGCGUUUGGAGACGUGAAGACUCUUCUGAGGUUGGAGAGUAGAGACAGUGGAGUGCAGGAGCUGGCAAGGAGGAUCAACGCCAGAGUGAGUGAGAUCAACGACCAACAGCACACCACCUCGCAGCUGAUAGAGGACAUGCUCACUGCACUUGAAGAUCCAAGCACUUCUCAGGAGAAGAUCAACAAGGCAUGCAACAACAUGGCUAUACUGGCGAAUGAAUCGGGAGGGUCCAGUAUACUACUGGAAACAAACAACUUAUUACGCAUAGUUGCACUCGUGGACAACACACAGGAAGAACGAGCUAAAAUGGUGUCCGAAAUGUGGUCUGUGCUGUUUUACUUAUGCAAAAGCGAAGUGUUGGCUCUCAAGAUGUUGUCUAUUGUCAAGAUCGAGCGUAUCCGAAAAGGCAUUGGAUCUGAUAACGAACCAAUCAGCGAUGCUUGUACCCGUUUCUGCCAAUCAUUUCUGGAUGCCCUUCUCAGCAUUGACCCGGAUAUUGAUAGGGCUCAGUUUCAGUACAAAGGUGACAAAGAAAAGUUUAAAAGUAUGUGUCUUGACCUCAAUGACCUUUUGGUUGACCCCAGCAUGUCGAGUGUCGGUCGCGAUAACUGUAUCAAACUUCUGCUUCGAAAUUUUUUGCGUCGAGGAGGUUGCGGAUUAAUGCUUCUGCUAAUGAAAAGCGCGGUGGUAACUCGUUUAUUGAAACUAGUCGCCGAGGACGGUGGUUAUGCGACUACAGUAAACACGCCUAUUCACGUGUCGAUGUUUCUUCACAAGUUCUUCGAGGACUUGCAGAGUGAUCAAGAACGGAACAACUUCCGUGAAUACAUUGAGUCAUACGUGAAACCUUUGGUCGAAGAGGAAUCAAGUGUUGAAAUGAAAUGCAAAGGCAUGAAAUGUUUGAUUGCGCUGCUUCAAGGUCCGAGGGAAGUUGGAACCGAAAUGAUCGGUAUGCUCAAUGGAGUGGACGUAAUGUUGGCACUGGCCAGAUCAGAUUCAGUUGACAGACAGAAGAUAGCCCUUGAGUGUAUCAUUCAGGCGUCUGUUAAGGCGUCAGUGGGCGCUUCUUUGUUGCAAGGGGGCGUGGAUGUUUUGCAGGAGUUAUUUAAAUCCACUGACUCUGAAGUGAGAGCAAAGGCGUUAGUCGGACUGUGCAAAACUGGAUCAGCUGGCGGGAGUGACAAGUCCUCGAAGGUGCUUGACAGUGCCUCUCUGAUGGGUCUGGCGGAGGAGUGUCGUAUGUUGAUGCAGAGUGAAGACUCGUUCUUGGUGAGGUGUGGGGUGGACGGGGUCGCAUUCCUCUCUUUAGACGCAGAUGUCAAGGAGGACUUGGUCGGAGACAGUGAGGCACUAGCUGGACUGUUCAAAGUGGCCAAAGCAGCAGAUCAAACCAUCUUGCACUCAGUCGCCAACAUCCUCGUCAAUCUGACAAACGCCUUCGACAAACCGGAAAAGAACCCAGAGUUGGAAAAACUAGCCCAGUUUGCCAAAUACCACGUACCGGAAACACACCCUUUCGACGCCGAUGACUACAUUAAAGAACGGGUGAACAAAUUAGUCAACACAGGGGUCAUAGAAGCCAUGAUUAACGCGCAUAAAAGUGAAAGCGAGGCUACCAAAGAAUCUUUUUCGCGAGUGUUCUUCGCCAUUACAAAAGAGGUCGAGCAUAGAGGCAAGGUUGUUCAGCAAGGAGGUGUGAAAUGUCUGCUGGAGUUGUCCAAGUCGGGUACUAAAGUGGGUCAACUAUUCGCAGCCCACUCGUUGGCCAGGGUUGGAAUCACUCUAAACCCCGACCAGGCAUUCCCUGGCCAACGCAUCUACGAGUUGAUCCGUCCAUUGGUGAAACUGCUCCACAUGGACUGUAGUGCCCUGCAGAACUUCGAGUCCCUGUUGGCCCUCACCAACAUCACUCACGCAUCUCCCUCAGUGGUGGACAGACUCAUCAAGGACAAAGACGCGGAGAAGAUCGAACAGUACAUGUACGAAGACCAUGACAUGUUGCGUCGUGCGGCUGUGGAGUGUGUGGUGAAUAUGGUGCACCACAGUGCUGACAUGAGGACCAAAUUCGCCCAGGGGGACAACGAGAGGGUGAAGCUGUGGACUCUCUACUGUGGGGAACACGAGGAUGACCCCCAACUGGCAUCGGCCGCCGCGGGGGGACUGGCCAUCCUGUCCGAGGGCAGUGUGGAUGUGUGCAAUAAAAUCAUGAAUGUGAAGAGCUGGAUGGGAAUACUCAAGGAACUGUUAGUGAAUGAGAAUGGGGAGCUAGUUAGACGCGCAGUUCACAUUCUGAACAACCUGAUCCACAAUGGGAGCAGGAACAUGGCAGAGUCCAUAGUUGAGGACACUGAGGUUCUGGAGAUACUCAUGGCCCUCUCUAUGGCCCCCGGCACUGACCAGUCCUCCAUCAGAUCCGUGUGUGAGGACGCUCUGGGUAAAUUGAAGGAGUACGGUCUCAUCAAGUCUGCCUGAUAAGUUAACUGAGAAGCCAUUUGUGGGAAGACAGAUGCAGAAGUUCAAAUUUGUUUAUCGAUUUAUCCUUGCCUUUAUUAAUUUUUUGCUUCUUAUGUGUAUUUAUACGCUCACAAUUGCAAUUUCCACAUCAAUUUUUAGAUUCUCAAAAAAUGUUUACUACACGAGUUUUAAUCAUGCCAUUAGGUGCCGAAUCAUUAACUUUAAGUCAAACAUUUUCUCAAAAAGUCACAAAAUGAGAUAAGUUUGAAGACUGUUUUGAAAAAUUACUAAUUUAAUUUAUCUUUUGCCAUAUA